ACCCCCCCGUACCCCCCUCCAGGUCCGGUCUGUACGUGGUCGGCCCCGAGUCAGCGGGAGCCCACCCAGGUCCCGCCUGCUACCGCAAAGGGGGUCCCCUGACGGUCACGGACGCCAACCUGGUGCUGGGCCGGCUGCUCCCCGAGUACUUCCCGCGGAUCUUCGGGCCGGGCGAGGACCAGCCCCUGUGCCGGGACACCGCCGUGGCGGCUUUCCGGGACCUGGCGGCCACCAUCGGGGCCUUCCAGAGCGCCACUGGGGGCACUGGGGACGCUGCCACCGGCUCCGACACCAGCGCCGGCUCCGGUGGCACCGGUGGCACCGGUGGCACCGGCUCUGGUGGUGGCACCGGCUCUGGUGGUGGCACCGGUGUCGCCCCGUCGGUGGAGGAGGUGGCCCUGGGCUUCAUCCGGGUGGCCAACGAGGCCAUGUGCCGGCCCAUCCGCGCCCUCACCCAG